AUGCCACCACCAGCUGCAUAUGCUCCUCCAGGACCGUCCAAUUCUACUGCGUUCUUUACGCCUCUCUUCCACCCUGACCCCAUUCAUGCUCCGCUAAGGAGCAACAGUGUCACACCGUCUACAUCCACUGCAGUAACUUCAGCUAGGAUUAAUCCGGCGCCUUCAGACGAGGGGAAAAUGUCGAUCUCUAUUGACUUUGGAACUACCUUUUCUGGCAUCGCAUAUGCCUCGUCUCGAAUUGCGUCUGGGAAGAUACAGCAAAUCCUGCAUUGGCCUGGAUCUUUUGAGACUUUCCGCAAGGUACCUACGUGCUUGCUGUACGAUGAACAUGGUCAGGUUCUUGCUUGGGGGCUGGAAGCGAAGAACGCUAGCUCCAUGCCCGGCACUACGCGUUGUGAAUGGUUCAAGCUUUUUCUCGAACCACGUGCUCUUCGUGAUGAAAGCGCGAUUGACCCUCGGUUGCCCCAAUUACCUCCUGGUAAAGUAGCCAUGGAUCUCAUCAUCGACUUCUUGUCGUGUCUGUGGGAAUACGCUAAAGAGCAGAUUACCCGUGACAUUGGUGCUGUCGCAGAUCUCAACUCGGCUGAUGUACUUGUGACGUGCCCGGCAGCCUGGGACGCUAAAGGAUGCGACAUGAUGCGCGAAGCUGCUAUUGCCGCAGGCCUCGUGCAGUCGGCUCAUGCAGGUGAUGGUAACUGGCGCGACAGGCUGCGCAUUAUCACCGAGCCAGAGGCCGCGGCUGUCCACUGUGCCAGACUUACGGAUCUGCACAAGCUCAAGCCCAACCAGAAUUUUAUGAUAUGUGAUGCUGGUGGUGGUACAGUUGACCUUGCCGUUUACAAGAUCAUUGGGCAAAUGUCUAACCUUGAGAUCGCCGAGAUGUGUGCUCGAUCUGGGGCCAAUUGUGGUUCCCUUUUCCUCGAUUUGAGAUUCCGAGAGCUUGUAAAAACUCUUUUAGCUGAUCAUCCUGCUCAUUUGGACGCCGCCAGUCUCGCCUAUUUCAUGCAUUCUUUCAGCCAAACCGAUAAGCUCGCAUUUAGGGGCGAGAGAGAUGAUGACACAUACUUCAACUUCACAUGUUUCAAUGUGCAGGAUCCCCACGAUUCUUCCGUUGGAUUGAUCAAUGGAGAACUCGCGAUUCCAGGGAAUCUCAUCCGUCGGGAGGUGUUUGAUCCCGUUGUGAAUCAGGUACUCGAAAUGAUCGAAGAACAGUCGAAGAAGGUAGAGCAGCGCAUCGACGCACUGCUUCUCGUGGGAGGCUUCGCUGGCAGCGAAUAUCUUAUUAGACGAGUUGAGGCGCAAUUUUCGGGGAGGAUCAAGGUCAUCGCUCGCCCUUCUGACGCUGACACGGCUACGGUGCGAGGUGCCGCGUUGUACGGGCUUUCUCGCAAAUCAAUUGUAUCCACUGUGAUCGCUCCACGGUCCUACAUCAUGAAAGUGAAACUGCCUGCCGAGCCAGAGGACUGGGCCAGACGCCCUGCAUACAUAAAAGAGAACAAUGCCAAUGUUCCCAUUUGUGACAACCGCUUACAAUACUUGGUCAUGAAGGGCGCUAUCCUGCGAAAAGGGCAAAUAUUGAGGACGAAAUUUUGCAAAUUCUCACAGAAUGGACAGGAUUGCAUCUUCGUAGCCGUAUUGUAUACUUCCGACUCGGACAAGAUGAUGAGAUAUACUGAUGAGGGCGAAACGAUGGAGCUCUGUAGAUGGACUGUUGAUCUGAGUUCUCUGCCUACAUUCAUGCAGAAUGCGAGCAUACCGCAGCCAAAUGGGUUCUUUACAGAAUUUGAAUUGGGUUUGGAGAUUGAUAGUGCUGAAGUCCGAGGUGUUUUAUUUUACGAGGGACAAGAAUGGAGUCGAGUUGUCUUCGAUUUUCUCAAUUGA